AUGGAUUCUCCUUCUCAAAAGGUGAGCUGUUUCAUUGAUGUAGCUAAGCCGUGUAGAUCAGUGAAGUGAGACUGCAAUCUAACCCCUAAAUCAUGGCCUUGAUUUCUCGUGCAACUAGUCACGAGAUGACAUUUGCGUGACAUUGAGUCAAAAGAAGUCUGAGCCUCGUGCGUUUGCCACCGAGAGAUGGUGUUGUUUCUAUAUUCAAUACGUUGUGUGGAUUUGAGCUGCAGUAUUUGAAAUGGAUCUCAAGGUACUCACUCUCGAAAUAGCACUUCACGUUCGGCACUGUUGUCCUUUGAUAGGGUACGUAGAUCAAAGAAGCUGUUUGAAGGUUUUAAACAAGUUUGAACCCUCGAUUAUAAAAGUUUGAAGUAUAAUGCCGUGUCCAUUUUCAAUCUCGCUUCCUUUAAAUAGGAUCAGGGUUUUCUCAUCUUGCGAAAAAAAAACAUUCAAAAUGGAAUGUCUAUGUACCUUAUAGGAGGUUUUUAACAGUCUGGCUUCUUCUGGACUGUUUUGGGCCUUCAGGUAGUAAACGGACUCGCUGUAAACCGUAUGCAAUAAGCGCGAGUUUUAGAAUUAGCGACCCAAGCUUUUACCGUUUAUUCGUCGCAUCUUGCUCUUUUUACUGCCUGACCUUCUGGAACAUGCAAGGCUUCGUAUUAAUAACGUAUUAACAAACCACCUUGUAAAAUGUCAUUGCAUUUUCAAGGUCGUGGGUUAUAACAUUCAGAUCAGGGAGUCUGGGGAAGAGUACACCGAGACAAUCGAGGUGGACACAGAGAAGCAGACCGAACUGUUUAAAGUUCCUGCUCAUGUUAACGUGGAGCAAAGCAAUAUUUUGCACGAUUUCAAAAAGGUAAGUCUGUCAUCUUAAUUUUAAUUUACUCAAGCCCAUAGUGAUGUUGCCUAAGCCGUAACGAAGUAAAGAGUUAAAACCCUAUUUCAGCCUGAGUUCGAUGACCAUCGAACGAAAUCGCCUCAAUUUCUUUCAGUACUUCUAUAAGGGCCAUUUACCACCUUGACAGCCCGACUCGAUGAAAAAAUUACAGGACCAAGGUCGUCCCUCUCAUUCAGAUUAUGAAAGAGGCCCAUAAUUGGCUAGGAGAACAGUCAUUAUUUAUCGCUCGGGGGAGGGGAGGGGGGGUGGAAGAUUUUGGGGGGCAACCAAAAACAUUUGACUUAGAAGAUAUGUCAGUUGUAAUUCUCUACCAAUAUACAAUCCCCACAUAAGUAGGAAACCAGAAGAGCUGUUCCGUUUUUUUCGUUUCAUCUUACCGAUUCUAAAACGAAAACGUUUCAAUGCUCCCAUAACCCCUGAAAUUGCAAAUAACAGUAAUCAAAUGUUCACUCCAACUACUGCCUCACACUUUGUCUUAUUCAGUUUGGAGAAGACCCUCAGUAAAUACCACACAAAUAUUGUUUCAUUAUACUUCACUCACGGAUGUUCUCAUGCAAAACAUUGACAUAUCAUAUCUAGUUAUUUCUCACGCUUGUAGAGACACAACCGUACUUUUGGAUUAAGACUAUCUUUGGAUUCUUUAUUGGGACAAAAAAAUUCGUUUUUACUUUGAAUUUAAAGCCCCCACCCCCUCCUCCACUCACUUCUAAAUAGCUCAAUAGCAGUGGCUAACACUUCAUUGGCUACAAUUUUAAGUCUCUUUAGUUUUUCACCUGUAGCCCUCUCCCUUCCCUGCUUCAGUAGUGACACUUUAUUUCUCACGACAAUACAAAGAUAAGGGAGCUAAAGUUAAUUUUUAUUACCGUAAAACUGUUUAUAGUCGAGCAUAGAAAAAUUUUGCGUAAAAAUGUAAAUUAAUUGAGGAAAGUAAUUAUGCAUGAGUUAAGAAGCACUUCGACUCAAAUUAAUUCUAAAUGUCUAAUUUUUGUUCAAAUUUAGACACAAACUCGUCAAUAUCACAUGCUUUGGAAAACGUUUUUGGGUGAUAUAAGUAAUAUUUUGCUUAUAGUAAAUAGUAAUUAAAACGCACUCAAGGAAGUGCAUGAGUAUUUUGCACUAAAACGAUAAAUAACUUCCGUAUAAAAUUCUGGAGUGUUGUGACGUUAAAGGAAGGUGUGGUGAAUAGAGUCUGGCUCUUUGAAGUUAGGCCAUAUCUGCAUAAUUUUUUCAUGGUGAAAGGUCGUCUAAGCAGUAACUUGAAAUUAAAUCAUAUAAUCUAGUUUCUGUUGUGUUUUGCCAAUUGCAGUGAAAUUCGAUCUCCAACUGCCUCCUGGCUUAAGUUCUUUUUCCCAUUUGUUUGUUACUGAUCUUCAUUUCAGCCUGUUUUAAUUUUAACCAUAUGUGACCGUUUCUUGCUCAGACAAAUUACCGACGAAAUCUUUCCACACUGGUCAUUAAUAUAGUCAGAUACCUAUCUAUUCUUGCUUUAGGUUAAAUAAGAAUUAUUUUCUCUUUCUGCAGAAUCUCAGCAUGAUGCAGUUGCCGGAAAAGAAGAUCUGUUAUAUUUUGCCUCUAGAAAUGGAAGUUUCGACGCCAGAGAAACUCAUUAAUGAUCUCGACAAGGCUAACGGGGUAAGAAAAUGCCAAUUUUAUUUUUCUGAUGUGCCUUUUAACAACUCAGCAUGAAAAUGGGCAUGCAUAAAACACACCAGAGCAAUCUUCAAAGUAGAGCAAGAGUAAAAUUUUGUUCAUGUGUGGAGGAGAUCCUUUUUCAUCCCCUUUCGAGUUUGGCACAGUUUUUACUUAUUUCUAGCCUCUUUUAAGCAGCAGGAGGGGAUGGCUUUUGGAUUUGAAUUCCUUGAAUAACACUUUCGACGAAAGGUUUUCAAUAUUAACAUCUCAGUCUCUCUUUCACUCCAACGAAAACCUUGCCAAAAUUGUUCAGUGCUGGUUAAUUUUUGAGUCUCAGCAAUCAAAGAAGAGCUAAACAAACACAGUGAAGAUUUAUCUAGAAUUUUUCUUAGCUAGCUAGAAAAUUGCAUCUCUUACUCAAUUGAAACUAAGAUCUGAAAAAGGUUUGGGUAGAGAGAAAGGGAAAACACCUCUCUCUCUAUGAAGUUGCUUUUGCUUGGUGAACUCGCAAAGGUUCUUCGAAGCCGUUGUCAAAGAGCUGAGUUAAGGAGCGAUGAUUCUCUAUGAAUUCCCCCGUUCUUCACACCCUAACCGUUGAAAGAGAACUGUGGGGUAGACUUCUUCAGUAGCAUAACGAUAGGUAACUUAUCUUGACCGUCAUUCUCAGCUGUACUUUCUGUCUCGUUUUAGUUUCACCUGCUGGGAAGUAAUAUGUCUAAUCUACAUCUUACAGAUAACCAUCAGCAAGAAGUCAGUUAUUGAAAACAAAUGGACAGUGAAUGAUGAGGUGACUGAUACAUCUGCUCUAAGCGAAGAGAUGGCCUCGUUUUGUGAAAACUACGCAAUAUACUACCUCAAAAAGAUAGAGGACACCGUGAAAUCUAUCAGGAUCCAAACAAAUGGUAAGCAUGCGAGAAUUCCUCAAUACAUCGCGUUCGGACAAAACAGUGGUAGACCUGAAGAAUUCUGAGUUUUUUCGGAAUUGAGGCGAUAAUGUAGGGGUAUCAAUAAAAGGUAAUGUCGCCAUAUGAGCAAAUGACUACUAAAAUAGCAUGCAUUUAAAUUGAAACUAAAUUCGGAAUUACUUUUUUUCUGAUCUUUUAAUUAGAAUCGUUUUUCCGACAAGAGUGCAUGCGCAAAUGGUCAUUCUCGUAGAGGCAUUAUAUCACCGGAGUCGAUUCAUUUUAUUUAUUUAUUUCAUUUAAUUUAUUCAUUUAUUUAUACACGGUAAAAAAUUCAUCAGGUACAUUAAAUUCUAAUACAAUGACUAACAUCCUAGAACCUAAAAAUCCUAAUCCUAACAUUGUAUUAACUUACAAUAUGCUAUUUAAAAAGAAAAAAAAACCUGAUUUCCAUGAAUGCCGUGUUUAAAAAUUUUUAUAGAGAAGGCGUUUAAAUUGAUUUAAUGAACCAGACUCUCUAAUGCUACAGGGCAAGCUGUUCAAAAGGGUUGCGCCGUUGUAACUAAAACUAUUUUUCAUGUAAUUAGUUUUUGGAAAGGGGACCGUAAGUUUGCUUACCGAGUCCCUCAGAGACUAGUUUGAUUCAUUUCGCCUUAUAAAUUUAGACGUGGAAUAUUCAGGAACCAGCCCGUUUAAAGACUUGAAAACCAUUAAGGAGUUCUGAAUUUGACGUUGAGUCAAGACUUUCCAGCUGAGUUUGUGAAACAAAGAAUCGACAUCUACGUCAUAGUUUGAUGAAGUUAUUACUCGUGCAGCACGGUUUUGUAGUUUUUGUAGCUUGAUAGAUAAUGUUUGGCCACAAUUACCCCAGACUAGGCUGCAGUAAUCAAAGAGAGUUUGAACUAGUGAGUUGUAUUUAUUGAGUAGGAUGGAUUGAGGCACAAAUGGCUUAACUCGCUGUAUGACUCCAAUUGCAGAAGCGAUCUUUUCACACAGUUUAUCAAUGUGGGAAUGUCACGUUAAAUUUUCAUUGAUAUAUAUUACAAGUGAUUUCACAGAGGAAACUUGUUCAAUCGGAAUAUUAUCAAUGGAGAUUUCGAGUGUAUCAGAUAGAGUACUUAGUCUUUGCCUGGAGCCGAUCAACAUAAAUUCAGUUGUUGUAGCGUUCAAGGUAAGUCUGUUAGACACAAGCCAUUUGCUUAGCUUUUUAAGGUCGUGAGAUAGACUAGACUGAAUCAAAUACAAAUCAGAACCAGCAUAAGUAAUGUGGGUGUCAUCAGCAUACAUUCUAGGUUUGCUGAACGAAAGACAGUUAGACAAAUCGUUAAUAUAAAUUAGAAAUAAAAUAGGGCCAAGGAUCGUUCCCUGUGGCACACCACAUUUAAGAGAGGUAAAGUCAGAGAGACAAUCGUUAACUGAGCGCCGUUGCGUACGAUUAGUCAAAUACGAUUUAAACCAAUCAAGAAUUUUACCUUGAAUUCCACACCGAUUCAUUUUAGUUGGUAAUAUCUUAUGAUCAACAGUGCCGAAUGUCUUUUUUAAGUCGAGAAACACUGGAAUUGACGUAGCCACGAUCGAUAUUAAACGCCCAACUGUCAGUGGCUUCUAGAAGUGCAGUAACAGUUGAGUGCAGAGACCUGAAACCAGAUUGUUGUUUAGAAAUGAUUUCUUCACUACUUAAUAAGUUGUAUAACUGAUCGUACACAAUCCUCUUGAACACUUUGGCUGCUACGGAAAUGACUGAGAUAGGUCGGUAGUUGUUUAAGUUAGAUGACUCGCCCUGUUUAAACAACGGAGUCACUCUGGCACAUUUCCAGUCGUCAGGAAAAUAUGCCAGACAUCAGGGAUUUAUUAAAUAGAUCGCAUAACGGGCCUGAAAUAAUAUCAGCAUACUCACGAAUCAACCUAACAGAGAUAUUAUCUAGUCCUGUAGCUUAAGUUUUUGACAAUCUAUUUAGAAGGGUAAAGACAUCACUGGUAGUAGUUGGACGAAAACAAAAUUUGUUGUAAUUUUCAGUACUAUUUUCUAAAUAAAUAGACUCCUCGUCCGAAGUUAAGGGUAUUUCACGGGCUAGCCUGGGUCCAAUAGUUGAAAAGUGUUCGUUAAAGGCGUUGGAAAUCUCGUUAGAGUUACAGAUAGAGAUGCCAUAUACUUUCACAUCCUUUACUAUCUGAUUGUUCUGACAACGAGACAUGAGGUUGUUUAAUAGUUUUCCAAGUCCUUCGAACAUUUCCUUUAGACUGAAUAAAACUAUUGUGAUAAUAGGAUGCCUUAGUGGUUUUCACUUUAUCGUUGAUUCGAUUUCGGAGCUUUCUGUGAUUGCCCCAGUUUUGAGGAUUCUUUGUUUUCAUCGCUUUCCUUUUAGCAGCAUCGCGACAGCGCUAACUUUCUUCAAGGCUGAAUUAAUCCAGGGUGUUUUGUUCAAUUUAGUACGUCUAGUUCGAAAAGGAGCAUGAGACUUAACAACGCGCAAAAGUUUUGUUUUUCAGUUAGACCAUGCCAAAUUUAGAUAUUCUGAUUCAUUGAACGACCAGUCUUGUUGAGAGAUUUCAUUUCGAAAAUUUUCACGAUCAAAAUUUCGAAAAUUUCUGUAGAAGAUGGAAGAGUGUCCCUUGGAUGGUAAAUCAGAAGAUAUUUUCCGGUAAACAUAGACGAGGCUAUGAUCGCUGAUGGCAAUACGGGAGACACCGGAACAGCCUACCCUGUCUACGUAAAUUGUAUAGAUCAAAUCAAUUAGUGUAGAUGAGGAUUCUGUAACACGCGUUGGUUCAUUUAUCAGUUGUUUGAGCCCAUCUAAAUCCGAAAUCUCGAGUAAACGAUGAGUAUUUUCAUCAGGUGUAGGAGAGGGCAAAUUACAAUUUAAGUCACCUAACAAAUAGUACUCUAGGUCGAAAAUUUGCCUAUAAAUGACUCGUAACUCGAAAAUAAAUCGGUUGGAGAACAGGGAGGUCUGUACCAUGUCGCUACUAGAAAUGGCUUAGAAUUCGGUUUACGAAUUUCCAUAGUUAAAUUUUCAAGAUUAAUCACGUCUAGAUCGGAGCGCACUAUAUAAGAAUUAGGAGACUUAAUGAAAAAACCUACCCCUCCACCAUGUCUAUUUCUGCCACGACGGAUAAAUUCAUAGCCUGGUAUAUGGAGUUCGGAACUUUUUAUGGAUUCGUCAAGUUUGGUUUUAUUAAUUGCCAGAAUAUUAAAUGAAAACUCAGCAAGAAAGACCCUAAGUUCGUCAAAAUGUUUGACGAGAUUGUUAAUGUUCAAACAGGCCAUUUUGAAACCACGUUUAGCUGGUAGAAAAUCUUAGACAUACUGGAAGGACCCGAACUACCCGAGUGAGCUUCGUUGUGUGCAAAGUCUGGCAACGUUUGAGAAACUAGGAUAAUCGACAUUCAUGGAAUUAGGAAAUCAAUUAGAUCUCAUACAAUUUACAAAGUUCUUUUGCAAUAGUUCGUCACCUUCCCUGUUUAGGUGCAGUCCACCUUUGUUUAGUGAUUUUGAACUGAUGUUAGCAUGGCUGAUGAGUUUCCAGUUAUUUUAUUGGAAUUUGACACAGUUGACAAUUUUUCACCUAAGUAGAGAUGAUUAGCUGUGAAUUUUUACCAAGCUGCGAAGCAGCGAGGUUAAUGUCCACCACUAAAUUGUUUUAGUAGAUAACAAAAAAAAUGAAUUCAUUUCUUUCAAUAUACCGCAAAAUAGCCGGAAAGUAAGCUCUUGACACGCGAAUUUGUCUCUUCGGCUGCUUCAACUUAGCUAUUACUAUUUUAAAAAAUUUUACACUCAGGGUGUCAAUUAGCUCAGUCACCAUGUAUGUCCAACAAUAUGCAUAAUGUACAUUCACAUCCGGUUCCAUCAGUAUCCUUUUUUUCCGCAAAUUUCUCAAUAUUUGUAAAUGAUUCACGCAGCAAGUAAUGAGCCCCACGUAGUGGUGACUGGAAUUGAGUAAAGACAUAAAAAGUAUCCUCUUUCAUGAACAACGCAUGGUAUGAAGGUAAUCAACUUCAAACAACCAAACAGAAACCAACAUUUUGUAUCGGCCCAUCAAAACUGGUCAUGUGGGAGUCUUCUUGCUCUCUUAUUGGUUAUGGAGUCGUUACGUGCCCUUUACUACUCACAAUCAUUUUAUAGUUACGCAAAAGCAAAAGUUUUUUCUACUGUUUCUCGAGCCUUGACAUCCCGAGAACAGCCAUUCAAAUUAGGAGGAUCCUUAAAUAAUAAAUAUAACCACUGUUUAUCACUGGUUUCAACCACAACACUAUGAUAAGCUGAAUAACGUCUCUCUGUUUUACAGGUAAGAAACACCGGCAACGUCGACAACAGAUUCCCUAUGCGGUAGAAUUUCCUGAUAUACCAAGAGAUUUAUUAUGCCCAGGUGGCAAACGUAUAGCCUCUGCUAGUGAUGACUGGUUAUGUCGACAAAGUGGAAAGGAGAUGAGAGUGGAAUGCAAAGUGCUAAGUAACCCGUGCUACUAUUACAGUGUGUGCGAAACACUGAACACAUGUACUACCAGGCAUGUACGUAGCACCAUUAGUUGUUGUGAGUACAAAUGCUUGCCUGUAAAAGCUGCUUGACGUAAGGAUAGCGAACGUGACCCAAGAGAUUAACUCAAAUAAAAGUCCUUAAUAAUCCGAUAAGUUUUGCAUGCAAUUGUCAAAAGUGGCUGUGGAAAAUGAUGUUCUUGUUUACCCUUGAUUGUCUAAUUUUAUCAAGCAUUUUUCUUUCAUAUUAUCUUACUAUUUUGUCUUCACCAUUAUGCACGGUAUGAUUUGUGAUUCACGAUCAUCACCCGAGGCUGAAGUAUAUUUCUUUGCAUAAGGGUGUUGAAGAAAUCGAUAAAUAGAUCAAAAGAAUUUUGUUUUCAGGGUGUUAGCGCGAGAGCUGCGAGAUAAAUCCUUUACAAGUUUUGUGUAGGUAUUUAAGAGGUGGGGCUCUAGAGUCUGCGCCGAAAGAUUAAUCACUUCAUACAGGAACUAGAUUAAUUGCAGGAAUUCGCCUUGUUCCUCGUUUGUAAUGUUAUGAAAUUUUGGACUUCCAGUUGUACAAAGUCUUCCUGAUUUUAGUAGAAACUUAUGAUUUUUAUUUGAUAUAUGACUCAAACGAAAUGUUGUAUGUGAGCCGAAA